AUCAUACAAUUAUCCUAAACAUAAACUCGAGGAGUAUACUCUUCGAAGAAUAUUCUGGUCUUUCGCAAGGCAUUUUCACAAUCAAUACCAGCCACAAAGUUAAAUACGCAGAAAGAGAGGUUUUAUCGUAAUGGCGCGUACCAAUUACAUCGUUUUUGCUCUGUCCAUAUGGCUGAGUGUGGAUCUAUUCCAAGAGGCGCAUGCUAUGACACAAGUUUGCGAAGAACAGCCGAGGGACUUGUUUCUUGUUGUGGAUGACUCCGCAAGCAUAGGAGGAAGGGAUAUUAAAAAAGUUCGAAAGUUUCUCACAAAGCUUGUGUCUUCUGUUCACGUCAGCCGCGAUAUGACACGAAUUGGUUUCUUGCAAUUCAGCGACGAAAAAAACACAGCGAUAAGAUUCAAUCUCGACAAUAAGUUCGACGCUGAGACGAUCCGUGAAAGAUUCGUGAACAUGGAGUACUAUGGCGGUCCAAGAACAAGAACUGACCUUGCUUUAAAGAUUGUCGUGGACGAGGUUUUCACAAAAACAGGAGGUGAUCGUCCCGACGUUCCAGAUAUCACGAUUGUCGUCACUGACGGGAAAUCUCGUGACCCCGACCUCACCGCUCUGCAGGCAAAGCGCUUGAAAGAUAAGGGAGUUCGUGUAAUUGCGAUUGGCGCCGGGGAAGAUGUUCAAAAAGUCGAACAUGAUAUGAAAGAUGAAUUACAGACUAUCGCCUCGAGCCCUGAUGAUGUGAAAAUGGUGGACUUUGCAAACCUUGAGAGUAUAGCAGUCGAUAUUGUGAAUAAAGUUUGUACACCAAUUACGACGACGAGACCACCGACUACGCGGCCAACCACAGAGUUGAAACCACAGACAGAGAAGCCAGCGACGAGGAUUCGUGCCCUGGCACCCAGUCUACCCAGUCUAACGACCGAGCAUCUGACAACAGAAGUGAGCACAACAGCAACAGAAGUGAGCACAACCUCACCGCCGCUCGGCUGCUCUGGGAGCGAGGGAAAAGACAUUCUUUUCGUGGUCGAUGGUUCGGUUAACUUCCAACUUUCUUACGAUCUCUCCCACAAAUAUUUCAGAAAAGUCAAGGGGUUUAUCAAGUCGGUUAUGAACGAUGAUAGAUUCAGGUUGGUGUGA